AUGAGAGAGGAGGAGCAGUCUAAUGAUGACCACCCUGAGGGAGGGGUGGUUUCCAGCCAGGAAAACAUCGGUAGACCACCUUCUAACGCAUGUCCCGUUGUCGUAGCAACACCAGGGGCCACCGGGCGUAAAAGGCAGACCGGCUCACAUCCGGAGGAUCAGGUCGCCACAGUUGCUCCCACCACAGUAGUGGAUGAUAGCAAAGUCAAGCCAGUGGACGAGAUCCAGGUCUACACUCCUUCUGGAACCAAGAGGGUCAAGAGGAGUCCUCUGCACCGGCCACCUUCCUCAGGCCCCUCCCUUUCCCCCGUCCCCGGUCCGAGUCCUGGAGACCUCUUAGCCCUCGAGGACCCGCACGGUCAGCGGGUGAUUGCCAACAUCCGGGAGCGUCAGCGGACACAAUCUCUGAACGAUGCCUUUGCCUCGUUGCGUAAGAUAAUCCCCACGCUUCCCUCUGACAAACUGAGCAAGAUCCAGACCCUCAAGCUGGCAUCACGCUACAUAGAUUUCCUCUACCAGGUGUUGGAGAGCGACGAGAUGGACUCUAAACAAGCUGGAUGUAACUACCUUGCACAUGAAAGACUGAGCUACGCCUUCUCUGUGUGGAGAAUGGAGGGAGCCUGGUCGACCAUGUCCGCGAGUCACUAA